GCUUUUGGCUCAUUCGCCGCGGAAGUUGGAAACCUGGAAUGUGAUUAUUCAUCAUUCGUCCUUUUGCGCCCCUAACAUAAUCCCCGUUCGUUGCCCUGGCGCCUGAGGUUUCGCAUUUAUCCUUGAUGCAACCGGCCAUUGGCUGCGUCCGGUCUCGGGGCGUCAUGUGAAACAGCCACAGUGAGAUUCAUCCUUGGAAUCUCGCCCAGGAUGCCAAACUCAGCAAGAUCCUCGGUUGAUUGCCUACAAACAGGGCUGACUGACUGCCAAAAAUUAGCUACGCAUGUCCCUAGCUCGAGAAAUUGCCACGGUGUUCAGGCCGCCGCUUUCGAACUCUGUUUGAUUGCGAUUGACAGCCUUAAUUCUGACCUUAUAAGAACCUCUGGAGAGUUCAGAGUCAGGGUUCUUGACUCAAUUGCUGCCAUUGAACCCUGAUCGACGUAGCCGUUGGAAAUGAUCGCGUCUCCAGCCCUGUGAUAAUGAAGAGAUCCUACAGUCUCCGCCAUGACCAACACGCCUCCACCCGCCACAAAGGGGCGCCGAUUUCACCAUAAGUCGCGGUACGGGUGUGCCCCGUGUAAAAGGCGGAGAAUCAAGUGUGAUGAGAAGAAGCCAGUCUGCGGCAACUGCACCCAGCGGUCGGUCGAAUGCUCAUUCAGGAGCCUCGAGCCUACCUUGAAUAAUCAGCAAUUGUCGAGAAUUACCACGGUCGGCAAUGCUUCAAGUCCACUUGGGGUCCUCGCAAGGGUAUCUGGUCCUGGGGUAGACAUGCCCUUUUGUCGCAGCAAUUCGCGCGACCUGGAGCUGUACUGCCACUUUCAGAUCUAUACGUCUACAAGCCUCGCCCAGCCGGUCUCCAUAGAGCCACUAUACCGAGAAUUCAUCCCGGGUCUAGCAGUAUCCUUUCCUUUCGUUGGUCACGGCCUUAUGAGCAUCGCCUACAUCCACCUCGCCACUAUCUCGCCCCAAGGGGCGUCGAAGAAACUUCUCGCAGAGAGUGCAUACCACCUUAACCAAGCGCUUCCGGGCUACUCCGAGACGAUCAAGAAUAUUACCGCGGAAAACUCCACGCCGCUCUUCAGCUUCGCCAUGUUUGUGGUACUCUUUACCUUUGCGAAUUCCAGCGAAGAAUCCGGCGCUCUCCUUCAAAGUGCUCAGGGUCAGCCACGCAUUGACGAGAAGACGGUCCGAGCUCUGGGAACUACAGCUGCACGGGUCGCGCAGAGUAUCCAGAAUAUCUUUGGAAUCUUUUGGCGUUGCCAGCACUGGAUAUCAGCUGGCCCGAUGGCGGCUGCGAUUCGACGAUACCUCCCUCCAACACUGAGCGACACCUCGGUGGAAUGGAUCCGUGUGGAGGACGUGCACCUCGCGAAAUUGCCCCGGCUGUGGGAAAACGACCCUACAAUCACAUUGGCACAAUCAUCUGCCCUAUCUAGUUCUCUAGCGUGUCUCCGAGAUACCUUUGCCAUGGUGACCCAAUUGACCGUCCUCCCACCAGAGGAUACCGAGGCAGACCCGCUUAGUACUCGAAGCAAUGACCUGGCGAACAUUCACCAACAAUUAUGUGCCGGCCACUUGUACGACGCGCCCAGUGUAUUUACAUGGUACAUUCGACUGUCGCCCGACUUCCUUAACUUACUGGAAGAGGGGAAUCAAUACGCGAUGGUUGUGCUGGCACACUUUGCGAUCGUACUUGACAGGGCGUGCGCCGGUAAAUGGUGGACACAUCGACUGUCUGAGCAUUUUGUGGCGAUGGCCGAUGUGAUUCUGGGUGAGGAGCGGAGAGAAUGGAUUGAAUGGCCACUGACGGUGAUCGCAGCGUGAGUCGGGUCGGCCAAGGAUUGUCAGUCACAAUCUGACGGGGUCUCGAACUCAACAAAUAUCUAUACAACAUCCUCUUAAUACCAUACCCACCACCAUUACAGUCAUUGCGCCGGUGAUGUUUUUCUUUCCAAACGCUCACUCGCUGCAGCCAAUAAGAUUGAGAUAGGGGACCCCGAUACAUCUAGUUUGUAAGAAUGUCAGAACCUGAAUCGAGUGUCGACGUCGCCCACCUUGUUUGUCAGCUUUAGACCUAGAACGUCGCUGAUCGUCGCGCAAACAUGCUCAACAGCAUACCUGCAAGUGUCGAUGUCGAAGGAACACCCAAAGCUUAUUUUUCCAAACUAGACUGCCUGUCUGACGGGUGCUUCUUUUGUUGUUCGAGGGUCGGAACUUGGAAGCAGGAGGGUCAGGAGUAGGCCCAAGGCGCGAGCGAUGACAUCGGCGACUUCUAGCAAUGCACGGCUAUAACUUGGAAAUAUAGGCAUGCGGUCUUUAUAUCAAGGAGACAAUUCGGUUGUGGCAACAUCUGCUUGUGGAGGGGGAUUCGUCGUCAUCCCAGCAAAUAUAUAUAUACUAGCUUUGGGUAGACUAGGGUACCAAAGCACGCUUUAACAGACCUACAUUAACAACAAUUCAAAGGAGAAAAACAGAACUAGUUCUUCAUCCUGGAUGAUUGUUCUCCUAUCCC